AUGGCUCCAUGUGCAUGUUCAAAAAUCUCUACAGCAGAUACACUUGUCUUAGGGACUAUCCAGAUUUUGCUUGGCAUCUUUCAUGUUCUCAUGUGGUAUUUCCUAUUAAUUUUAUAUAUGGGACAGAUUCGAGGAGUCUUUGGGACAUAUGAACCUAUAACAUACAGAGUAGGAUGUACUUUAUGGGGAAUUUUUUUUAUCAUUUCAGGAGCUGUCUUAAUAAAAUUAGCAAAGCAUCCAUCUCCUAGCCUGGUUACAGUCGCUUUGAUCUUGAACAUCACCUGCAUAAUUACUGUAAUUAUCGCAGUAAUUUUAACAAUAGUGGAGUUGUCUAGUUUUCAUUCUGUGUCAUAUAGGAAUUAUGGACAAGCAAAACUUGGGAGGGAAGUUUCACGUAUUUUACUGUUCUCCUACCUCUUGGAAUUAGUUGUUGCAUUUACAUACUCGAUCUUUGGCUGUAUUGAUUUGGGUGAGGAGAGCCGUAGUCGUGCAACUAUUACAGUGGAAGCUGAGAGCACUUUUUAG